CGCUUCCUUCCCACGCAGCCGCAGUCGCCUCUCGCUCGCUGGAGCUAUGCCUCUCUAGCACGGUGAGGGGGGAGGAGGGGGCUCUCCUCCAUGGUCCUAUCUGUCAGCGCUGCUUCGGGAGCGCUCGGGUGAGGCCCGGCCAGGCUCAGACGCUUGGAUCCUCGAGCCGGUAGCCGGUGGCGGGGCUGCCUGGGGCCCAUGGCACGGCGGUAACUGACUGAGGCACGGGCGGUGGCCAGGCCCCGGGGCCGGCAUGGCGGGCCAGUUCCGCAGUUACGUGUGGGACCCGUUGCUGAUCCUGUCGCAGAUCGUGCUCAUGCAGACCGUCUAUUAUGGCUCUCUGGGCCUUUGGCUGGCGCUGGUGGACGCGCUAGUGCGAAGCAGUCCCUCGCUGGACCAGAUGUUCGACGCCGAGAUCCUGGGCUUUUCCACCCCUCCAGGCCGGCUCUCCAUGAUGUCCUUCAUCCUCAACGCUCUCACCUGUGCCCUGGGCUUGCUGUACUUCAUCCGGCGAGGGAAGCAGUGCCUGGAUUUCACUGUCACUGUCCAUUUCUUUCACCUCCUGGGCUGCUGGUUCUACAGCUCCCGUUUCCCUUCGGCGCUGACCUGGUGGCUGGUCCAAGCCGUGUGCAUUGCACUCAUGGCCGUCAUCGGGGAGUACCUGUGCAUGCGGACGGAACUCAAGGAGAUUCCCCUCAACUCAGCCCCUAAAUCUAAUGUCUAGAAUCGGGCCUUUUGGACUCUCUACUGGCACUUGGGGCUCCCAACACCUUGGGCUGCUCAGACCCUCCACGUGAGGUCUAGCCCAGGUCUGAGAGGAACCCUGGAAAUGUGAAGUCUCUGUUGAUGGAGAGCUAGCGAGGCCCCGCCAAGAAGGCAAGUAGCAGGAUUACAGCUGCAAGAAUAGCCUCUAUCUGCCGAAACCUUGGUAUCUGGGAGGUCAGAAAGGGGGACCUCUUUGAGGGUAAUAACAGAUUUGGAACCAUGUUACCCUUGAGCCAUCAUAUCUAUCACCAGCGUGUUUAAAAAAAAAAAAAUCAAGGAUAGCUGAUUGGAGCAAACCACUCUUAUAGUCAUGUCU